AUGAAUAUGAAUUCGCAGAAGCUGGUACAAAAAAUUUUGCGCCCGAUUGCACAAACCGCCGGACUGUUCAAAUCGUUUAGUAAACACUGGACAUACAGUACAAGAGGGUAUGUUUUAAUUUUGUCUAAAAAUAAUUGCUUCGCUUGGUCAACGUCAGAAUCUUCAAAAACGUUGUCAGCGUUACUUGAUAAAUUUUUAUCAGAUACAGAAGGUAAAUAUUUUAAGGAUGGAAAAGAAAACAAUAAUGAUACGUCAAGAUGGGCAAAUGAUUCCAAAGUAAUAUAUUUUAAAUUGGCACCGAUUGGGUCAUAUGAUGUGAGUUUUAAAUCAAAUAACGAAUCAACUAAUAUAAAGUCGAAUAAAUCAACGAGUCUAUCAAAUUUAAAUAGAAAACCCAAAUUUAAGGAAGCCCAAAAUGUUACUUUUAAAAUAAAAAGUCAGAUAAAUGUUCAGGACAACAAAGAUGAUACAUCAACAAAGAUGAUACAGGAGUCACAAGAUGUUAACCAAACAGCUGGCAGCGCUUUAAAUGAAAAUCAAAACUUCGAAAAGUUAUUCCAGCACACGAGUCCAAUUACCGAUAGUACUAUUCCAAGCUUAGGUAAUCAAAUAACAUAUUCACCGAACACCGAAGAAAUAAAAAACAACCAUAACCAAAGUGUGAACAAUCUCUUAAAGGUCAUAGAAGAUGAAAAUUAUGAUAAAUACUCGAGUGCCGAAUUGUAUUUAGAUUCACGACGAUUUUUGAAACAAGUAGAUGAAAUAAAAUCCCCACAACGUAAAGUAGCUAUAGUAAAACCAUUGGAUGAUGCAAUUACUUAUCGUGUUGGUUAUCCUGCAAAUGAAAUGUUUAUUUCUGACCAACCUGAUGGUGUUAGCAGUGUUUUUUCUCAACCUUCACUUUUAGGACUUGAGAAACCAAAAAUAACAUCAAAGACAGUUUUCAAUUACAAUGCGUAUCCAUUAAAUUGCAAGUUUCUAAUCAAAAACACAAAGAAACUAUCCGCAAUUUGUAGACUAACUAGUGAGCAGAGAGUAAAUACGAUCAAACCGAAGUCCAAACUGCGCUCAAAGAUCUAG